CAUCAUCCGACGAUCAACGCUACACCCAAUUCUUGUGUGUUGAAAAGAAGUUCAAUUUUAUUUUUGCUUCAAGUGAAGUUGGAACAUUUUAUUAAUUAACAUGUAUUCAAAAAAGUUACUAUUCUAUCUCGCAGUUAGUUUGCUUAUUAUGGGAAUCUUCAUCGAUGGAAUAGAGGCAAGACGUAAAAUACUACGCGGUCGUAAGACAAUUACAAGACAAUAUUACAGAGGUACAGCUAUACCCGCAUGGGCAAUAGUGCUAUUAUGUGGAAUUAGUAUGUUGUUAAUAGGCGGUGGUCUUUACCUUUUACUACAAAAGUUUGUAAUUGAUCCAGCUGACACAACAAAAAGCCACUCAUACCAACCAGCUGUACAAAACGAAGCUUAAUUUUUAAUAGAUAAUUAUAAUCAUAUAUCAUUUUUGUGUAUAAAAAAUUAUUAAAUUAUAGUUCAUGUAUACUUUAAUUUAUAUAUUAAGAGGGUAGUAAUCAAUAUAAUUUUUAAAUCAUAUCUGUAUAAACACAG